CUCGAUGACACCCAGAAAGAAGCUGGAGGGUCUGGUCGCUGCCACAGUCACCCCAAUGACUCCUGAUGGACAAAUCAACCUUUCAGUGAUUCACCAGUAUGUGGAUUACCUGGUAAGCGAGCAGAAUGUGAAGAACAUCUUUGUGAAUGGCACCACAGGAGAAGGCCUGUCCCUUAGCAUCCAGGAGAGGAAGCAGUUGGCAGAAGAAUGGAUGUGCCAAGGGAAAGACAAGCUGGAUCAUGUGAUAAUUCACGUGGGAGCUUUAAGUCUACUGGAGUCCCAAGAACUGGCCAGACAUGCAGCAGCCAUAGAUGCCAGUGGUAUUGCAGUAAUAGCUCCCUCCUUCUUCAAACCCAGAAACAAAGAUGAACUCCUUGGUUUCUUACAGAAAGUUGCAUCCGAAGCCCCUACAGUUCCGUUUUAUUACUACCACAUUCCAGCUCUGACGGGUGUAAAGAUUCGUGUUGAGGAGUUGCUGGAUGGAAUAAGAGAGCAGAUCCCCACCUUCCAGGGUGUGAAGUUCAGUGACACAGACCUCUUGGACCUUGCACAGUGUAUAAACAAGAAUGAGAGAGAACAGUUCGUGUUUCUCUAUGGAGUAGAUGAGCAACUGUUGAGUGCACUGGCAAUAGGGACAAAUGGAGCUGUUGGAAGUACCUACAACUACCUAGGUAGGAAAACCAACCUGAUGUUACAAGCUUUUGCAAAGCCAGAUCUUGCAUUAGCACAGAAGUACCAGUUUCUCAUGGGGGAAUUUCUCAGUUUUGUCAUCAAACUAGGUUUUGGUGUUGCACAGACAAAAGCUGUAAUGACUUUUGUUUCUGGCAUCCCCAUGGGACCUCCACGGCUUCCGCUUGUUAGUGCCUCUGAGGAAUUCAUUGCCAAGGCCAAAGCCAAGCUGGAGAGCAUUGUGUGGCCUGAUGGUGACUGACUUCACUCCCACGUCGGUGUGCAGGGGCUCCUUUUCUGGGAUUCACCGUCACUUGGCAUGCUCCUCAUGCAAUGGGCUGGUUUGGCUGUGAUCUCCUUCAGGAAAAUGAAAGUUAUCGGCGUGGAAGGGCUGGCACACA